GUUUUGAUAAUAUAAAAUUAAAAAAGAGAAAUGAUACAAAAAAUAUUAUCAAAUAUGUAUUUUUCAUAAUCAUUAAUUUUCAUAUAUAUAUAUAUAUAUUAAUUAUAUUAGAUAAUUCCUUAGCUUUUUUUAAAGAAAGAAUUGAUAAUAUUCUUUGGUACACUACUAAUCAAUUUGAUAUUUAAUUUAAUAAAAAGUGUAAUAUAUACUUAAUACGGAUCAACUUAUUUUUAUGAAGAUUCUAAGGAUUAUCAUAGUGAUGACACAUGUUUACGAAAACAUGUUGUAAUGCUCAAAGAUUAAUAUAUACUAGAUAUUGACCCACGCUUUGCAAACGCAGAAUAUUUUAUGACAAAUUUUUUUACUAAUAAUUUAACAAAUAUUUUGUUAAUUUAUAGGAAUUUUGUGUAUUUAAAAUAUUUGUAUUUAAAUCAAUGCUUUUAAAUUCGAACCCUAAAACCCUAGACUAACCGAUUGAAUCAAUGGAUGAUAGAUAUGUAGUCAAAUUUAUUUAAAUUGUUAUAUUUCAUAAUUUGUCACAUUUUAAUCUAAAUUUUAUAAUUGUUUUGUAAUUUUAUGAAAUUAUGACGUUUCUACAAAAUUUUGAUACAGUAAAUGAUAGAUAUAAAAUAAUUAAGAACUAUAAAUAUUUCUUGGUCAUAUUACUCAUUUUAUAUAGCUUAAUUAAUUUUAUUAUAAUUGUUUUGUGUAAUUUAUUUUGUUAAUAAUUUGGUUUAUAUUAUAAUCAGUUUAAAUUUGUUGUUAAAAAUUAUUUUUAGGCAUUUUUUAGAUAGCAUAUAUUUUGGAAUUUUUUAUAAUUAUUUUUGUUAUUAUAUUUAUUGUACAAUGUAUAACAUAUAUAUAUAUAUAUAUUUAUAUUUAUGUAAUGGCUAUUUUUGAAUUAUUGUGUUACUUAAAUAAAUUAUAUAAACAUUAUUUAAGAAAUAUAAAUAAAAUAAUUCAUUAAUUUAAUUGAUUUAUUAUUAAUUGAAAUUUUUUUCUAGUAUUUAAACGUGUAAAAAAUAAGUGCUUUUUUAUUUUUUUUCUUGUCUUAUAAAUUAUUUAAAUUUUCAAUUAUUUAAUUUAUCUAUUUUUUUUAAAGAAAAUUGUUAGAGAUUACUAAAAAAUGAGAUCUAUAUUUUAUAUCGUUUGGACACAAAAUUAAUUAUAAUGUUGUUUGAAAACAUGGAUAAUAAUAUAAUGAAAUGAGUACAUAGUUUGGAAACAUGGAUAAUAAUAUAAUAAAAUGAGCAUAUAGUUUGAAAAUAUGAAUAAUAGUAUAAAGAAAUUAAUAUUGGUAAUUUAAUGUAGAUUUAACUAUAAAGUAAAAAUGUGUAUUUAAUUUAAAACCUUACAAAAUAAAUGCUAGGUCUAACAUAAUAUUUUUAUUUUAAUAAGAUAGAUGAGAUUACGGUAUAUUAGCAAAUCAACAAAAACCAAAUGCAACUACAACAUGGUUGUUUCUUACAACUGACAUGUGUAUUAUUAGUGGGAAAAUAAAUUAAUGAGAUCAAUAUCUGUGUGGGAAAAAAUAAAUUUAAAAACGAAAGGAUAUCAUCUGCCUUCUCUAAAAGAUGAUUCUUACAUUUACAUACCAAAAGAGAGAUGCAAAUCUUAAAUCUUCCCCGCUAUUAUAAUAUGUGACUGUUGUUUCCUCUAUCUUUUACCAUCUUUGGCCUGAAGAAAUCGAAGUAAAUAAAAUUAAGAAAGCAUUACAGAAAAUUAAAGAAAUCUUUUUUAAUAAAAUAAACUUGAGAGAGAGAGAGAGGGAGGCCAUCUUGAUAAGAGAAGGAAGCCAUUACACAGAAAGAGUGGGAUGUCUUGUAGAAUGAACAAAACAUCCUCUGUUUCUCUUGUCCUUGUCCCCUUUUCCAGAUCUUAAGGUUUUCCACAUUUUUUUGCUAUCAUCAUCUGGGUCCUCUCCAAAAUGGAGCAAAAUAUGGAAUCUGUAUCGAAUCUGGGGAAGCUCUUCAUUGGCGGCAUCUCAUGGGACACAGAUGAAGAACGGCUCGGAGAGUAUUUUAGCAAGUUUGGAGAUUUAGUCGAAUCCGUGAUCAUGAGAGACCGUACGACAGGACGUGCACGUGGCUUUGGUUUCAUCGUAUUCGCAGAUCCUUCUGUUGCAGAGAGAGUCAUCAUGGAGAAACACAUCAUCGAUGGCCGUACGGUCGAGGCGAAGAAAGCUGUACCACGGGAUGAUCAUUAGCAAGUGCUGAAACGGCACGCUAGUCCAAUGCACCUUAUCUCAUCACCUAACCAUGGUGGUAAUGGUGGGAGAACAAAGAAGAUCUUUGUAGGUGGUUUACCAUCGAGUAUCACCGAGGCCGAGUUCAAAAACUACUUUGAUCAGUUUGGUAAAGUUUCUGACGUUGUGGUGAUGUAUGAUCACAACACACAGAGGCCACGUGGCUUUGGCUUCAUCACUUUUGAUUCAGAAGAGUCUGUGGAUAUAGUUCUUCACAAGACCUUCCACGAGCUUAACGGCAAAAUGGUUGAGGUUAAAAGAGCAGUGCCAAAGGAGCCUUCCCAAGCGUCUAUUAACCGAAGCAGCCCGGUUCUUGGGUUCGGUAAUAACUACGGAGUAGUCUCUAAUAAUAGCUACUUCAAUAGUUUUGCUCCUGGUUAUAUUAGUAACAACCCUGGUGGACGGUUUAGUCCCAUUGGUAGCGGUAGAAAUGCUUUCUCUAACUUUGGUCUUGGCUUGAAUCAAGAACUGAGUUUGAAUGGAAACACACUUGGCUUUAACCGGGUCCCUGGGGACCAAUACUUCAACAAUGCUUCACCAAACCGGUUCAACAGAGGCGACUCUGCUUACAAUCCCAGCAAUAGAGAUUUGUGGGGAAACAGUCCAGGCUUGAACUUGGGUGUCUCUGUUGGUAACAACAGAGGAAACUGGGGCCUUUCUGAUACUAAUGGCUAUGGGAGAAGCGUUGGGACAGGUUCUGGACUUUCUGCGUUAUCAUUCUCUGGUAACAACAACAACACAAACGGUUUUGAUAGCUCUAUAGGGGAGUUGUACAGAGGGAGCUCGGUUUAUAGCGACUCAACGUGGCAGCAGAUGUUGCCUCAUCAGUCUUCUAAUGAGUUAGAGGGUUUGUCUCGCUCUUAUGGGUUUGGUAUUGGCAAUGUAGGCUCAGACCCAUCUGCUAAUGCCUCUGAAGGUUACCCUCGAAGCUACAGUGUUGGAGGAAAUAGACAAACAAAUAGACGUAUGCAUCUUAAAGGUAUUGAAGCAUAGAGGAAAAGACAGAUGAAGAAAGUGAUACUUGUAGAUCAAGAAAGAACAAUGUCCCUUGCAGAGUUGUAAUUUAAUAUCGUGAAAAGUAGAGAAAGAGAUACCUUCUUCACAGUGAGUUUAUGUGUUUUUUUUUUUUGCUUCUGUAUCUAAUUCUUACAUAAAGAUAAGAUCAGAUGAGUAGCUGCAAAGAUGCAAGUUUGGGAUGAUCAAAGAUUUAGUUUCUGCGUUUGUCUCCAUAGCAAUAACUAGAGAUCGUUGAUUCUCGAUCACUAUUCUUUAGGUUUUCACUUCUUCCUUCAAGAUUCUUCAUGUUGUGUGCUGUGUUUGUAACUCUAAUUGUUAACUUCUGUUUUUUACAUAUUUUUUAUUUGGUUUAAACAUUCGAUUUGAAUUGUUAGAUUGAGAGAAAACAUUGGUCCAAAAUGAUUACAUUUGUUGCAUUUGA